AUGGGUAUCGUUCGACUCUUCCGGUCUUUGAGGACCACGAGUACAGCCAAAGAGAUCAAUGUCGAGUUUACCGUCAAAGAGAUUGAAAACCCCUCGUCAAAAUCAUCGUCGUCCUCUUCAUCAUUGCCGAAUAUCUCAACCCAACAGCGUGCCCUGCUGCUCCAUGGGCCCAAACAGCCUUACGCAGAGGUGAUAGAUCACCCCAUCCCGUCACUUUUGGAUAGCCGAGAACUUCUGGUCUGGAAUAGAGUGAUCGGUCUCAACCCGAUUGAUUGGAAAGCACCGGAUUUCAACUUCGGCAUCCCACAACUCCCUUACAUAUCAGGUCGUGAGCUUGUAGGAGAGGUUGCCGUAAGUCCGAAGCGGGAUUCACGGUUCAAACCUGGCGACUUGGUCAUUGUCAUUUCCACCGACUAUAGAGACCUUCGCAAAGCCGCGUACCAGCAAUGUGUCGUCGCCACCGACUUCAACACUUGCCGGCUGCCACCCAACAUAGCUCCAGAAUCGGGGGCAGCGCUAGGUGUGGCUUUCGUCGCUGCAGCUCUGUGUCUCGGUAUUUGUGUUGGGCUCGACUUCUCCAAAGUGGCAAAUGGACCGGAUCUCCUCUCUAUAUUGAGACAAUUGGACCCUCAGCGACUUCCGGAAGAUAUCAGGUCGGAGUGCUUGAAUGGAAUCAACAAGGCUGAGAAGGCUCAACCAGGGGAUUGGCUCGCUAUCUGGGGUGGUUCUUCUACUAGUGCUUUUAUGCUCAACCAGAUUGCCAGGCUUCUUGGGCUACGGACAAUCAGCAUUAUGGACUGCCGGAAACAUGCUCUGACUGUGUCGUCAGCUCCGAAGACCAAGCCGGAUAUCGUUGUUGACAACCACAAUCCGGAGAGGGCGAUUGAGAUAACAAGAUCCGUGACAAAAAACAGACUUCGAUUUGCCGUCGACACAGUUGGACGAGACACCGCCAAACACUUACUGCAGUGCCUACAACGGCACGCCGACCCCGUCGACGACGAUUCGACAAGUGUGCCGACAAAGACACCAGGGGUAGACGCAGCGCGCCCUGCCGCCCACCUAGUAGGUUUGACUGGGCUGCCGAAGGAGUCGCCACCAGCCAAUAUCAACUUCCACACCGUACCGAUCAAAGUCUUCCACGAGAUCCCGGAACUGGGCGAGGCACUGAUGCUCUGGCUUGAACGACUACUGGCACAAGGUCUUUUGGUGCCUCCCACGAUCUUGGGGGUGAGGGAAGGAUUCGACGCCGUCAAUGAUGCUUUGGAUUCGAUGCGGAGGGGUGAAAUCAGUGGGGGCAGAUUGGUGGUCAGGGUCAAGUGA